CUAACUGAUAACGACGGAAGCUGGCUGCUCACUCGGCGCACGAGAGAUGCCGUCAUCCUUCCUCCUGCCAUGAGCUUGCGCACCCGCAGCUCCAGACGAUCAAAAAUGAUACCGCGGCAGCCAUAUGCGCCAACUCCACACAGCUAUGUUCCCAAUUCGACGCUGUCAGCCACCAUCAACUUAGAUGAGGAAGUCAAGCUCGCUGAGACGCGCGCCGAACGCGACCUUCAGGACUCGCUGGCCGAAAUAUUCAGUAUCAUCGUUACGAUCGACGAGCUCGAGAAGGCCUUCCUCAAGGAUGCGAUUCCCGAGGCCGAUUACACCGAGAUCUGCGAGCGGGCGCUGAAGCAGUACAAGUCAUUGAUUGCUGAUGAGACGGUGGCAAAGGCGUUUGUGGGACUGGAGGAAUUCAAGGCCGAGUGGGAUCUCGAGGUCCCUCGCGCGACGGAGAGGAUACGGGUGGGCAUGCCCUCGACUGCCGUGACGGCAAGCGCUGGCCCCGCUGCUGCGCCGGCUGCGACGGGUAGCACCAGCGGUGCGUUGAUUCUGGAGGCGACACAGGAUUUCAUCACAUUCUUGGACGCGCUGCGGCUGGGACUGCUGGCCAAAGACCAGCUGCACCCGCUGCUUACCGAUGUGAUCCAGUCCGUCAACAAGGUGACGGACCGAGACUUCGAAAACAGGGGCAAGAUCGUGCAGUGGCUGAUCACCCUGAAUCAGAUGAAAGCGACGGAGGAGCUGAGCGAAGAACAGGCUCGGGAGUUAGAGCUAGACAUCAACUCGGCGUAUCAAGGGUUCAAAAAUACCCUCACGUAAUAUGCAUGGUUUGUUCCAUAGACAGCCACGCCGGGCU